UUACUUCUUUCAAGAGAGACGAGAGGAACAGAGGAGCAAAGCAAGCAAGCAAACAAGCCACCUCUCUUCUCUUCGUCGCUCCAUAUCUCCUUCUCAAGCUGUAUUUUCUAAUAAAAUAAAAAAAUUAAUAAUAGAAUUGAUUAAUUAAUUAAUUAAACUCCCAAAAUAACAUCAAAAAUACAAAAAUUUUUUUCUUUUUUUGGGCUCUCCUUUGGUCUCUUCUUCUCUUCUUUCUUUUGCUGCUCCUUGGACCUCUUUCUCUCUCUAGAAUCUCACAGCUUGCCCAUAACCCAUUUAGCAGAGCUCAGUGAGUGGAGUUGAAGGAUCCUGGGGGAAAGGAGUUUUGGAGUAGGAAAUGGCUGGGAUUGCGAGUGAGGAAGCUGGAGCUGGAAGGUCUGUAGAGGGGCUCUCGAGUGGGCAGCGUUGCCAAUCAGGUGAAGCACUGGCAGAAUGGCGGUCUUCUGAGCAGGUGGAAAAUGGAACCCCUUCAACUUCACCCCCUUAUUGGGACACUGACGAUGAUGAUGAUGGAGGGCCAAAACCUUCUGAGUUAUAUGGAAAAUAUACAUGGAAGAUAGAGAAAUUUUCACAGAUUAACAAAAGAGAACUUCGUAGUAAUGCAUUUGAGGUUGGCGGCUACAAAUGGUACAUAUUGAUUUAUCCCCAAGGUUGUGAUGUGUGCAAUCAUCUUUCUUUGUUUCUCUGUGUUGCCAACCAUGACAAACUUCUUCCAGGUUGGAGUCAUUUUGCUCAGUUCACAAUUGCUGUGGUGAAUAAAGAUCCUAAAAAAUCAAAAUAUUCAGAUACAUUACACCGGUUCUGGAAGAAAGAGCAUGACUGGGGAUGGAAAAAAUUCAUGGAAUUAUCGAAAGUGUCAGACGGGUUUUUAGAUGCUGCUGACACACUAAUUAUAAAAGCUCAAGUGCAAGUCAUCAGGGAGAAAGCAGAUCGGCCUUUCCGUUGCCUUGAUUGUCAGUAUAGAAGAGAACUCGUUAGGGUGUAUUUGACAAAUGUAGAGCAGAUUUGUCGGCGUUUCGUGGAAGAGAGACGAGGCAAACUUGGGAGGUUAAUCGAGGACAAAAAUAGAUGGUCAAGCUUUUGUGCUUUCUGGUUGGGAAUGGAUCAAACUGCCCGGAGGCGCAUGUCUAGGGAAAAAACAGAUGUAAUUCUGAAAGUAGUUGUAAAGCAUUUCUUUAUAGAAAAGGAAGUCACAUCUACUUUGGUAAUGGAUUCCCUGUAUAGUGGAUUAAAGGCUCUUGAAGGCCAAACUAAGAGCAAGAAGGGGAGAGCAAAAUUGUUAGAUGCUGAAGAAAUGCCAGCUCCGAUUGUUCGUGUGGAGAAAGAUAUGUUUGUAUUGGUGGAUGAUGUUCUACUGCUACUUGAAAGGGCUGCUAUGGAACCUUUGCCUCCAAAAGAUGAAAAGGGCCCGCAGAAUCGAACAAAGGAUGGAAAUUCUGGUGAGGACUUUAACAAAGAUUCCAUUGAGCGUGACGAAAGGCGUCUAACAGAAUUGGGUCGCAGGACAGUGGAAAUAUUUGUUCUUGCUCAUAUUUUCAACCACAAAAUUGAAGUUGCCUAUCAGGAAGCUGUUGCUUUAAGGAGGCAAGAAGAGCUUAUCCGUGAAGAAGAGGCAGCAUGGUUGGCUGAAAGUGAGCAGAAGGCUAAACGGGGAACAACUGAAAAGGAAAAGAAAUCCAAGAAAAAACAGGCAAAACAAAAGCGGAAUAAUCGUAAAGGGAAGGAUAAAGGGAGGGAUGAAAGGAUCAGUAUCGCAGUAUUAGAUAAGCACGAAGAGGAAAAUCCAGACCGUGAGAAGAAGGAUUCUGUUAUUGGAGAGGUGCAGCCUGUGGUGGAAAAGCCAGAUAUUCUGGAAGAUGUGUCUGAUGUCUCUGAUCUGGUAGAUGGUGUUGCAGAAGUAUUGCAGCCUGAUUCAGAAGACAGAGAUGCAAGUCCUGUCAAUUGGGAUACUGAUACUUCAGAAGUCCAUCCUCCCACAGAAGCUUGCAGCAGUGGAGUUAGUGGGUUGUCGUCCCUACCAAAUGGAACAGCUGAGAAAAGGAGCACAUCAGCAAUGGAUGACAGUUCGUCAACGUGCUCUACAGAUUCAGUUCCAUCAGUUGUAACUAAUGGCUCCUACAAGGGGAACUCGUAUUCAAGCUGCCAAUAUGUAAAAUCACCCAGUAGAGGGAAGCACCCACGGGGUAAGGCAACAAGUGAUGGGAGUUGGAUAGUUGAGAUCGAUAAUCAGCUUUCUGCGCCUACAGCAGACACUGGAGAUCUCAAUCAUGUUACUGGAAGCAGCAAGACUGUUGAAUGUGAGUUUGAGGCUAAUGUUCAUCCAUCACGAGAUAGCAUUACUUGGUCUGAGAAGCAUGCAGUUAAGAAGGUUGUGGAAGAGAUUAUGCCACAAAAGAAACAGUGCAGCAAAGAUUUGGUUGAUGUGGAAAGAUCCUUUAAAGAAAGGCCGACUAUCACAUCAUCUUCUAGAAGCCCUCCUAGAAGUCCUCCCAAAAAUUGCCAAUCCACUGUUCAAUCAAAGUUAGAAGACAAGAGUACAGCCACUGUAGAUCCUGUUCAAAGUAAGAAAGCAUCUUCAAAUAGUGGACAGCAGGCUGAUAUAGCAGUCCCUUCAAUAAUAUCCCUGCAAAUUACAGGCCUUUCCAAACCUGAGAAUCAGAAUUCCUCAACUUCGAAAUUGACUGAUAAGCCGACACUACAGCAGGUUCCUAUGAUGUCAAGGCCCUCCAGUGCUCCUCUAAUGCCUGGUCCCAGAGCAACUGCUCCUGUUGUUUCCCUGGUUCAAACAUCUCCAUUACUUGCUCGUUCAGUGAGUGCAACUGGUCGACUCGGUCCUGACCCUUCACCCGCAAGUCAUAGUUAUGCUCCUUUGUCCUACCGAAAUGCUAUUGUAGGUAAUCCUGUUGGCUCAAGUUCAGGUGGUUUUGCUCAUGCCAACUGUCCUAAUUUGGGGGUUAACCUAUCAUCAGCGCACACACAUUCGCCUGCUUUGGUAUCUGGAUCAAUGUUUUUGCCCCAGAGCUCUGAUAGGGUAGACCCAAACUGUGUCCAAUCUGGCUUUCCUUUUGGGAUGGUAACUCGGGAUCUGUUGCAGAAUGGACCCCAGCGGAUGGAGAGCUCUCAAGGUGUGGUAACAGAUGAGUUCCCACAUCUUGAUAUCAUCAAUGACCUGCUUGAUGAUGAACAUGGGAAGGCAGCUGAGGCUAGCAGAGCCUUCCAUUCUCUUAACAGUGGGCCACACUUCCUAAAUCGGCAAUGCUCUUUUCCAGGUGAUGUGAGUGUAUCAACUGAAUUAGGUUCCUCAACCAGCAGCUCUUGCAGAUUCGAACGUGCUAGGAGUUACCAUGAUAGUGGGUUGCAGCGGAGCUAUAGCUCUUUUGGCAGCAGCCAGUUCGACUUUGACAUGCUAAGGGAAUAUAAUCCCCAGGCUAGCCCACUACCAUAUGCAAAUGGGCAUGUUGAUGGAUUGAUUCCUAAUCAGUGGCAGAUGGCUGGAUCUGAUCCUUUAGUAGGCAUGAGGAACGCAGAGGGUGAUGGUUCUCCAUAUUUCAGUCCGGAGUAUUCGAAUUUGGCUUGCAGUGGCAGUGGCUAUACAGUAUUUAGACCUUCAAAUGGGCAUUGAAACUGGAACUACCUUGCAAGUUUGUGGGUCAUUGUCCAUUGUAAUAAUAUAAUUUGGGGAAAUUGUUGGGUCUUGGAAUUGGAGUGAGGUUGUAAUCUUUUCAUAAGCUAACAUUUUGUAGAGUAUUUCUGCCUUUCUUUGCCUACAGCAUUUUAGUUUGUUAUGACGAGGCUUUCCUGUAAUUUUCUGGGGCUUGGAUUGGUUAAUUAUUGAAAAUGGCCAAAUGCCGAAAAUUCAACCCAA